UUUCUCGCUUUCUGUUCUUUCGAAUUUGCGUCCGCCAUCGCCACAGAGAGAGAGAGAGAGAUGGACACGUUCUACAUAUCGCACGGGUCGCCUACGAUGUCGAUUGACGACGGGGUUCCGGCGAGGAAGUUUCUGCAGUCAUGGAGGGAGAAGGUGAUGCCCGGGGAGAGACCCAAAGCCAUUCUGGUCAUCUCCGGCCAUUGGGAGACAGCCGAGCCCUGCGUCAACGUCAUCUCCACCGCCAAUCCUACCAUCUACGAUUUCUACGGCUUCCGCAAGCCCAUGUACCAGCUGAAGUACCCUGCACCGGGCGCACCAGAGCUGGCGAUGCGAGUGAAGGAGCUGCUUGAGGGUGCAGGUUUCAAGAAAGUGGAAGAGGAGAGGAGCAGGGGACUGGAUCAUGGUGCAUGGGUGCCGCUGAUGCUGAUGUACCCGGAUGCCGAUAUACCCGUAUGCCAACUCUCCGUUCAGCUUCAUAAGGAUGGGCAGUAUCACUACAACAUGGGCAAGGCGUUGAGCCCGCUGAGGGAGGAAGGUGUAUUGAUCAUGGCGUCAGGAAGUGCCACCCACAACCUGAGGACCCUAGGUCCUGGUGGUACACCUCCACCCAAGUGGGCCAUUGAUUUUGAUACAUGGCUGAAGGACAGUCUCCUUAACGGAAGACUUCCUUCAGUUAACGACUAUCUGAACAAGGCGCCGGAUGCAAAGGUGGCGCAUCCGUGGCCUGACCAUUUCUACCCGCUGCAUGUGGCGAUGGGUGCUGCUGGUGAGGGAGCCGAAGCUGAACUUCUGCACCAUAGCUGGACUAAUGGCAGUCUGUCUUAUGCAUCCUACAGAUUCACCUCCCGUACGUGACCUAAAAGUGGGGUGCCAAUGGGUGCAGAAGGGCUUCGCUUGGUUCUGUUCUUCUUGCAUGAAAUGCAUCUUGCUGAUAAAUUGACACCCGUACUUCAGAA